GGUUGAAAUUGAAAAUGCAUGUCGGGAUAGUCAAAGGAGGAAGAAGAGAAAUGUUUUGAUGGAAGUUUUUUCUUUUUUCUAGUUAUGGCAGGACCAACGAAGAAUUUUAUUAGCCAACUCCGGGGCGCAUUUAGUGAAGGAAAUGCUGCUCCCAAAUUAGUUAUUGAUAAAAAGACAAUUGAGCGAACAUGGAAAUUGAUGGACAAAGUGGUAAAACUGUGCCAACAGCCUAGAAUGAACUUGAAGAAUUCACCGCCGUUUAUCCUCGAUAUACUUCCCGAUACUUAUCAUCAUCUACGUCUAAUUAAUACUAAAUACGAAAAUAGUCUACAAAUUCUUAACGAAUGCGAAUAUUUCCGUGUUUUUAUCGACACGUUGCAAGCUAAAUGUAAGAAAGCUAUUAAAGUGUUCAAGGAAGGACGGGAGAGAUUAUUUGACGAAUCGUCAAAUCAUAGAAGACAUUUAACCAAACUCAGCUUAAUAUUUUCUCAUAUGCUGGCGGAAUUGAAAGCUAUUUUCCCCAAUGGAGAUUUUAUCGGGGAUAGCUUUCGAAUAACGAAAAGUGAUGCGGCAGACUGGUGGAAGAAAACGUUCAACAGUAAAACUGUUGUUAGUUGGAAAACUUUUAAAGAUAUGUUAAAUGAGGAUCACCCCACUGGAUCAACUCUUGAAGCUAUGGCCCUGAAAACAACAAUUGAUUUGACGUGUAAUGACUACAUAUCUAUAUUUGAAUUUGAUGUCUUCACAAGACUUUUUCAGCCCUGGCACAAACUACUACGUAAUUGGAAUGCUUUAGCUGUAACUCAUCCCGGCUACGUGGCUUUCUUAACAUACGACGAAGUUAAGGCCCGUUUACAGAAAUAUAAUAAUAAACCUGGAAGUUAUGUGUUCCGAUUAAGUUGUACCAGAUUGGGACAAUGGGCUAUAGGGUAUGUUACACCAGAAGGUCAAAUUUUACAAACGAUUCCUCAAAAUAAAUCGCUUUGCCAAGCUUUACUAGACGGCCAAAGAGAAGGAUUCUACUUGUAUCCGGAUGGCAGACAAGUAAAUCCUGACUUGAGUCAUCUUGUUGAUGAUUUAAGCGAAGAACGAAUAAAAGUGACACAAGAGCAAUAUGAGCUAUAUUGUGAAAUGGGAUCGACUUUCCAGUUAUGCAAGAUUUGCACCGAAAAUGAUAAGGAUGUAAAAAUUGAACCUUGCGGUCAUCUUAUGUGCACUCCUUGUCUAGGAAACUGGCAGGAAACGGAACAUGGAAAUAGCUGUCCCUUUUGUAGAGCAGAGAUAAAAGGAACAGAAUCCGUUACUCUAGAUCCUUUCGAUCCAUCUAAGAUGAGAAAAAAAGAGAAAAAUGACAAAGAUUGUAGACAAACGCCUCCAAGAGAUCAAGACGAUGAGGAGGAAGCAGAUAAUUUUGAAGAUUUGUCACAGUGGCGUGCGUCUCCUCGAAUGGAACAAGCCCCUCAAAUUUUGAAUGGUUCUCCUCAUAAUAUGUCUCCUGCCUCGAACAGACGGGCACCUCCAGUCCCGCCUAGAGCUUCGCCACGAGUCUCUCCCAAAGCUCCAAGACGUCGUCUUCCACCUACACCAAGCAGUGAUUCAGAUGAAGCUUCAGAUGAAUCUUCUAUUCCACCGCCCUUACCGCUAAGAAACGAUCGACCAUCGCAGGAUCAAAAUGAGCAAGAGUCAAGAGGAAAAACAGCAGAAGGCGCUACCGCAUGCCCCGUAACUACAAAAAAGCCAUUACCUCAACCUCGCGGAGUUAUAGAAAGCAGUAAAUCUCUUGAUGCUCACGAUAUUGGAACAACUUACGAUGUUCCGUCUACUGCUCGCUGUGUGCCCGUAAAUCAUAAUGAUAAUGGUCUAAUUCCAAGAGAAGCGGGUGCUUCAAGCAAUCUCUCCUGCAAACAUAAAGUGCCGAGUGAAUACGACUUUCUUCCUAACACGUCAGCAUCGCCGCGUGUUUCAGCAUCAGGAGGAAGCACCGCAAGUUCGACAAACGAACAAGAUGACGAUGAUAACUUAUUAAAUAAGUUAGUCAAAGAAGGCUUCGACAAAAAAGAUGCUCAGAGAGCUCUAUCAGUUGCUAAAAAUGAGAUAAAUUUAGCGAGAGAAAUAUUAAUGGAGUUUGCUACUCGAAAUUAA